AUGUUGCUAGGCAAUGAGGUCGAGCAGGAGAAGAAGGAAGAGCAGCAGACGGCAGGGUUGGUUCUGAUUAACAAUCUGAGUCAAGUGUUGGGGCUAUUGCUGAAGAAUAACUAUGCUCAAGGACAAGCUACACUGGCGACGCUGGUCAGAAGGCUGCGAAAUAUGGCACAAGCACACAAUCUCUGUGUCAUACUGUUGAGCUGGAGUGUCUCAUAUGGAAAUGAUCAGGAGCGUGUCUCUAUCUUUGAAGCCAUCAAAGCCAGACCAGGACUAGGCAAAUCACUGGGUUACUUGGUGGAUACACAGAUUCUCGUCGAUGCCAUCCCGAGGACAGCAAAAUCGAAAGGAAACGGAGACCUGGUAAAUGUGCUCGAAGUGAUAUACAGCAGAGGAAGCCACCAAGCAGGGAAAUUUGGCGUGUUCGAUGUCACUGCUGAUGGAGAGAUACAACCUGCAUUCUAA